CUUGCCCUCCUCCUUCCUAUACAUAUAUACGUUUCCUCAGGUUUUUCACAGUUGUUCUCCUCAAGCAUCGUCCUUCUUGAUCACCGGACCUUAUCUCAUCUUUUUGCAACAAAUAACAUUGGAAGUGCGAUGUGAUGGCUCGGAUCCCUCUCAUCGACGUAGCUACUAGCACUGAGACUGAGGAGCAUAUAUACAAACGGUUCCCAUCCAACCUCGUUCGCGGUUUGCUGCGCACAACGCCGGAGAUCGCCAAUGGUUACUUGGACUUGGGCAAGGCUUUAUCAGGAUCGCCGCUGCUGCCAAAGCUUCGUGAAAUGACUAUUCUGCGGGUCGGCGUACUUACCCAUAGUCCCUACGAGUGGAUGCAGCACAUCGGUAUAGCAAAAUUAGUACAUGUCGGCGACAAGGAGGUUAUCGCCGUUAAAUCGGGAGAAUAUGGCAAACUCACCGACCAGGAAGCGGCAAUGCUGCAGUUCGUGGACGAAGUCGUCGCGAAGCCAAAAGCUACGGACACCUUCGACUUGGCCCUGGCCAAUCUGGGAGAGCAGGGCCUGGCUACAGUGACUUUGCUGGUCGGGCACUAUAUGAUGACAGCCCGCUUCCUCGAAACACUUAACAUCGACCUGGAUAAGAACGCCACCAGCUGGGAGAACGCUUAGAUUACAACGCGCAGCUCGCGUGUUGGGCC